AUGACUUUCUACUACAUUGCUCGAUUGGCAGGAAAGCUAUGUGCUUCAAUUCCGAGAGAGUAUCCGGGCGACACAAUGCCUAAGGCUCGCAGGGCCGUACGAGCCGGUGCUAGCGACAUAGUUUCAGAAAGCCCAGCGGGCAGAAAACGCAAGCGGGCAGACCCAGUGCUUGCCGAGACGCAGAGUACCAGCGGCCCAAGUCCAAGGAACAGCAAGCGUACGAAGGCCGUCGAUGGAACUUCAGACAGCCCAAAAUCCUCUUCAGACAUUCCUCGCACGAGCAAACUGGUCAAACUAGAAGAAGAUCAGACCACAGCGAUUCCUGCCCGGGCGGAUGGUUCAUUGGCCGUGAAAGAGAAGGUUGUCGCCGAAUUCGAAUUGGCGGAAACCCCACGGUCUAGUAAGCGAAAGGCUGUCGGGAAGUGCAAGCAGAAAGUCGACGUUGUGGCAGCAGACCACCUCGAAGUUGACCAGGAAUUCGAUGAACCAGACGCGGAGCUCGAGCGAGACGAAGCUCUUACGAAGCCACGACGAAGCCGCAAAAGCAAGAACAAGGCAGACGGCGAUCAAAACCUCUGCCUGUCCGACGCUCCUCAGGCACCCAGCAAGACUGGAGGUAGACUUGCUGGACGCGAACGCAAGACCAAAUCCGCAAAAGAAGACGCCGUGGACGCGGACCUGUCCCAGAAUCUCGACGAACCCUCCCUUGACGUCGAUACAGCCGCCCAAUCUAAACACAAGCGCAAACGCAAGACCAAAGCCGAGCGGCUCGCCGAAAUGGUGCCCCUCGCCAUCCGCACCGCAAACCUGAAGAUGUUCGUUGGCGCGCAUACUUCAAUUGCCAAGGGCGUCGAAAAUGCUAUAACAAACUGCGUCCACAUCGGCGGUAACGCAUUCGCAUGCUUCCUCAAGAGCCAGCGCAAAUGGGAAAAUCCAUCCCUGCAAGACGGCAACCGCGACGCUUUCCGCGCAGCCCUCCUGGAACACCGCUACGACGGCCAGUCGCACAUUGUCCCGCACGGAAGUUACCUCGUGAACCUCGCCACCGAAGACCCCGGCAAAGCCGCGCAGAGCUACGACACGUUCAUCGACGACUUACAUCGCUGCGAAGCCCUGGGCAUCAGAUACUACAAUUUCCACCCCGGCGGGGCGGGCCAAGCACCGUUCCAUGAAGCCGUUGCCAGACUCGCCGGUAACCUGAAUCGCGCUCUUGCCGAGACCAAGACCGUUGUUCCGUUGUUAGAGAACAUGGCUGGCCACGGCACCUUGAUCGGUGGACGCUUUUCGGACCUGCGCGAUGUGAUUGCCCUGAUCAAACCAGAGUACAAGAACAGGAUAGGCGUGUGCAUCGACACAUGCCAUGCCUUUGCCGCGGGAUACGAUUUACGGACGCCGGAAGCCUUUCAAAAGACCCUGCGGGAAUUCGAUGAGACAGUCGGCAUCAAGUACCUCAAGGCGAUGCACUUGAAUGACAGCAAAGCUCCGUUGAGCAGUCACCGAGAUCUACAUCAGAACAUUGGCUUAGGGUUCCUGGGUCUCCGGGCGUUCCACAAUGUCAUGAACGAGUCACGGUUUCAGGGGCUGCCGCUGAUCUUGGAGACGCCCUGUGAGAGGCCGGAUCCGAAUGAUCCCAGUGGAAAGAAGAUGGUUGACGAUAAACACGUGUGGGCCACGGAGAUCAAGUUGCUUGAGAGCCUGAUUGGGAUGGACCCGGAGAGUGAGGUUUUCAAGGGAUUGGAGAGGGAGUUGGCUGAGAAGGGGAAGAGCGAAAGGGAGGAUGCGCAACGGGCAUUUGACCGGAAGAUUGAAGAGAAGAGGAAGAAGGCUGAGAAGGAGAAAGUAAAGAAGGAGAAGGGCCAGAGAAGUUUGGUGGAUAUGUUUGGAAAGAAUGGGACUGCGAAGAAGGGUGAAAACAAAAAGAUGAGGAACAAGAAAGCAAAGGCCGAGGAGAGUGGCAGUGGGGAUGAAUCCAGUGAGUCGAGUAGUGAGUUGAGUGACCUGAGUAGCGACUUGACAGAGCCAAGCGAGGAUGAGAGGCUUUGAAUGAGACGAGGCCACGCUGCGUCUCGAAGAUCUUGACGAAGACAUGAUCAUGCUUAGAAAAGUAAGCGCUGUACAAUAUUGAGCCAGAAAACGCAUCCCCAUGUACGAAUAUGAUCGAGCCAAGAGAGCAUCGAAGCCUAC